CUAGAAUCGUGCUAGAAGUAUAGUGAUAGUCCUUCGACAUCAGAGUGGAUAGGCGAGACUCUUUCGAAUAAAAUAUGUUUAUAAGCAGCCAAGCAUGGAAAAGGAGAAGUAUCGACACGCAAGUUAGUUAGUGUCAGUGGAAAACUGUUCAACUUCAUCCAGAAUGGGAUGGAAUCUUCUAUCUUUAAUUAUUUCUACGCAUCUCAUAUUCUAUCUUGAUACCAACUUUGGAUGCAGGUUAUCCGAAUUUGCUUGCGAUAAUGGACGAUGUAUCAGCCUUAGUAAAUACUGUGACGGAACGGAUGAUUGUUCUGAUGCUAGUGAUGAAAGUCUAGGAUGCUCCAGUUGCAACAAGACGUUAUACGGUGACGUCAACACCAAGUACCCAUUGAGGAUAACUGAACCAUUUCAACGUUAUUUACCAUUUGUAUGUAAAAUUACCUUUAAGGCGGAAGGAGGAGAAUAUGGAGACAUCAUCGAAUUAACAUUCCUUUCUUUUCACAUCGGAACGUUAGAGUUCGGGAGAAACCAGACUCAGAUAUGUCCGAAGGGCCAUCUACAAAUCAUCGAAACGUCCUCCAAUUCUGAUAAUAGACCAGUCAAGUCGACCAGACACGAAUCGUGGCACAGCUCAGAUAAUAAACUUUACCCAUCUUCUCCAUCUUUUGGAUUAUUCUGCGGUAACAUGGCAGAAAGGACAACCUUUUAUUCCGAAGAAAGUAAUGUUACCUUAAUAGUGGUUGUACCAAACAGAGCUUCCAUUAACUCCUUUACUUUCAGCUUAUAUAUGACAUACAAAUUUCUGCCUAGUACUCCAUCUUUUACAAGAUACGGACCUAGAGAGAGCCCAUAUUAUUUGGGUGCCAGAGUACCAGGGAGUUAUUGUGACGUGUAUUUUUCAGACUGCGACAGGAAGAAGUGUAAAAUUCGUUCGCCGAAUUUUCCAGGUUUCUACCUGAGAAAUUUCACAUGUAAUUAUAGAAUUAAGCAGGACUUGAUACCCACGGGAUAUCACGCCCAAUUGGCUCUAUCGCAAGGUAAUGAAUAUAAGAUAUCUCUGUGCACAGGCAGCACGAGUUCUGGUGCAUCGAGACGCACAACACUUACAAAGGAUUGUUUUAGUGACACGGUAAGGGUCUACGAUGGCCCUUCACCCUCGUCGUCUUUGCUAAUGGAGUUCUGUGGUACCGGAAGUCUACCAGAAAUCGUCACUAGCGGACCGGAAGUUCUCGUUCAAUUACACAGUUCACCUUAUCAAGUGAUGCACAAUUCGAGAGUGGAGCUCGAUGUGGAAGUGAAGUUCGUGAGAGUUACCGAAUUUCGACUGGAAAAUGGGCGUUGCACUUUCCUGGUUGAUGGAUCUAAACAAAGACACGGACUCAUUUACAGUCCACGCAACACAAUGCCUAAAAACACAACCUGUGUAGUGCAUUUAAUGGGUGCUUCUGAUUACGAUCGGAUAUGGUUAUACUUUUUAUCCUAUUUUGUCAGGGAUAAGCAGCAUUGGACAGGUACCGAACUGUGUGACGUAAGCACACUAGAAAUCUACAACGUACUGUCAAAGAGAAAGAGGACCGUGCACAAUGGUUUAACACUCGGAGAACCGGAUUAUCGUUUUUGCGAAAAGACCACUCCUAACAUGUGUGCAAGAGCUGCAGAUUAUAUGAACAAUAUCCCUCUCCGUCCUUGCGCCCUACCUGAAGAGAGUUACUUGUCGGAUGGACCUGAAAUGCUGCUUAGGUAUACGCUAUACAGCCCUUCCGAAGUGUCCACAAUGUCGAGUCUAUUCGUAGCCAGAUUCGAGUUCGUGGACACAUAUCAGGAGGGCAACACCAACAACUGGACAAGAUGCGGAUCGUUUUUCGACAGUUCUACCUCUUCAAGAGGAAAGUUUUCUUCACCUGCUAACCUCUUCUUUUUCGGUCGUGGUGGCAACACCAACUUAACUUGCAGCUAUAGGUUUAAGGGGGUGGAAGGUGAAAGAGUGAGAAUCACGCUGACCAAAAUGAAAUUGAAAUCUGAUUCCUGUGUUUACCAUUACGAUGACGUUUAUCAGAAGCACAGAUGCAAGAUGUCUGAUAGACGUAUCCCACAGGGUGCCACGUUAACUGCAACUGAGGAAUGGGAUAGGGUUUCGUCCGUUAUCGGUUGCAUCUGUGCCAUCUCUGAUUGGACCCCCAAACCUCCCAUUGUACUAGAAUCCAUAAGUAGCAACGUCACUAUACAGUUUAAAAUAUUGGGGAUGUCGCCCUUCGAGGAUUAUGAGGAUUACUCGUUCGAAGGUUAUUACGAAUUUGUCAAGUCUGCAUUUUGUCAACGUGGUUUGGUGAGGAAUAACAAAAGUAGCGAAGGUAAUUUAGAGUUUUUAGCAACCAAAGAAGUCGAAGAUAAUCCCGCACCUAUAAGAUGUAGAUGGUUCAUAGAAGCGGCACCCCAUAAGUACUUAUACUUGAAGAUUCAAGGGAGAGAUGGCACACGUGGAUGUAGAGCAGAUAGCAACCGUUUAAUUAUUUAUAGUGGCUUAGAAUUAGAGCCAACUGGUGUCGUCUGUCUGACUGAAAACCCCAACGAGAUCGUGGAUGCAUUUUCCUUUUCUUGGUAUAACGAAACUCAUGCGGGAGGGAUGAACCCCCAGAGAGAUCACGUCUACGUUGAAGUCAUCUUUAGAAAAGUAGGAUCCCUAAUUCUAAAGUGGUUAGAGGUUACAAAAUCUUCUCUUCGAACCCAUUCGGGUCAGACUUUAAGAAACGUCAAUUGCCUAUAUGAAUGUCCAGAACUAAAUAUGUGCAUAGCACCAGAACUAUGGUGUGAUGGUAACAUGCAUUGCCCAACAGGUUACGACGAGACUCCCGAACAUUGUGAUAGGUUUCCAGUACUUUACGCAGCAGUGGGAGGUAGUGGUGGACUUUUUCUCUUGGUAAUCGUCUUCAUCACAAUUGCUCAUUGUUUAAGAAGAAGAUCCAAGUCAAAACACACGAGGCGGUUACCAACAGAGGAAUUUCAACUGGAGAGUCCAAGUUCCUGAAUUGUCCACCACUGUGAUAAAGCUCAAUGUAGUAAAAAUACUGAAUAUAUUAAAAAAACAAUUAAACACUAAUCAAACGACGAAGCAUUGAGGUGUGCCAAAGAACAAACAAACAAAAAAAAAUUAUAUAGGCUUGUAUAUACUAUAAAUAUAUAUAUGCUCAGAUGAUGGUGCUGUUAAGGUUCCUGAAGGGAAAAGUUUCGAGGACGAGAAAUUCUCUAAGUGCCUCUGGCUAUUGAUCCAUAGAACUGUCAGUUUUUGCUCACCGUUGUGUAGACUGCCCUAGGGACUCGAUACCGUAACAGUACAGAAAAACACUAAGGAAGAAGGGCAGUGUAAAGUAUUUUGGCCACGAUUCUUUCCAUUAUAGUCAGAAAACACACGACAGGUGCUAAUCGAAGAGGAUUUUUAAUACAAAGAAAACAAAGAAAAAAAAAACAAAGAAAAAAAAAUUAAUAAAUAAACGAUCUUUGCUCAUUACAAAUAAGUUCUUAAUCAUUACCGUGAUCUGUACAGUGCUUAACUCUUCUUUCUCCAUGUGAUCUUUUGUCUCAUCACAAAUUUAUGAAAGUUCUUUUUUUUUGUAAAUUUUUACAAGGAUAAAGUAUAUCUAUAUACAUACAUAUAUAAAUAUAUAUACUAUAUAUAUUUGUACAGAUGUCUCGAAAGGUAAU